AACGCCCGAAGAAGCCCCAAAAGGCUCCUUUGAACCCAUCCGCUGAAAUUCGAGUGACAAGCGUCAUCUCCUUGCGAUCAUCGCGGAGAAGAAAGCAAUGUCCUUCAUUUUUAUUAUCCCCCGUGGAACACGCAGGCGCGUGAGCAUCGAGGUCAUAUUGUACGAAACGAGAAGCGAGCAGCGUAUGGUUGUGGCCUAGCAAAGUGGAAAAGAGAAGGAGAUGGCAUACGAAGAAUCCGGAUAGGCACCCGAUCAAAGUUGAGUUUGACAUACGAGUUUUGCUGCUAAAUUCCUUUUGGUGUUCACGUAAAAGGAGGAGUUGACCAGUUUCGCGAAAAAAAACGCGUCAAGUGUAAAGUUCCCGCAAAGAAAAUACAACGCACCUCGUAAUCAUGUCGAAUAAACCUGUGGAUCGGUGAUCAAAAGUGAACGAAUUAUAGGUGGUUAAAAUUAAGUGUUUGGAAAAAUAUUUUCCCAUCAAUCCCAUAGCGACUUGGCUCUUUCGCUCAACUGUGAACUCCAAGAGUUCGGACUACGAGCAGGCUGACAAAAAGGCGGACAAUCUGCUAACGAGCCUCCUUGGCUGAUUUCCAAGAAAUUUAGAGGUGACGGUAACGAAAUGUCUACUCCUGGAGUCCUAGAAAGAGCAUCGUCGACAAUGGCAUCCACCGUAGCAGGGGCAGUUAAUGCGACAAUUACAAGAGUUGCAGUGGCAAAUAAUGAUGCGAACUCAUCGGUGACUCCAAUUUUUUUACAAACUAGAGCCGCACAAGGUAUUGCUGGGGUUUUUGUCUGGGCAGCCUUGUUCCUAACAUGCCAACAGAUUUACCAACACUUGCGAUGGUACACAAAUCCCACAGAGCAGAGAUGGAUAGUAAGGAUUUUAUUCAUAGUACCAAUAUACGCAACGUAUUCCUGGAUAUCGCUGUUAUUUUUUAACAGCGAAAGUUAUUACGUAUACUUUUUCACUGUCCGUGAUUGUUACGAAGCAUUCGUAAUAUACAACUUUUUAUCCUUGUGCUACGAGUACUUGGGUGGAGAGGGAAACAUCAUGUCAGAAAUAAGAGGCAAACCCAUCCGAUCGAAUUGUCUCUAUGGAACAUGCUGUCUCGUCGGAAAAACAUACACCAUUGGUUUUCUACGCUUCUGUAAACAGGCUACGCUGCAGUUUUGCCUCGUCAAACCUGUCAUGGCUUUUAUUAUAAUAUUUUUACAAGCUUUCGGCCAUUAUCGAGAUGGAGAUUGGUCUCCUGACGGUGGAUACAUUUACAUCACCAUCAUAUAUAACAUCAGUGUAUCUCUUGCAUUAUAUGGAUUAUUCCUUUUCUAUUUUGCAACGAGAGAAUUGCUCACUCCGUUCGAACCGGUACUCAAAUUCUGCACCGUCAAAAGCGUCAUCUUCUUGUCAUUCUGGCAAGGAGUACUUCUGGCUGUCCUCGAGAAGGCUAGCGUCAUUUCACCCGUCAUUAACAGCCUUGGGCAGUCCACGAGUGCCGGUACCGUGUCUGCUGGAUAUCAGAACUUCAUAAUCUGUAUCGAGAUGCUGUUUGCUGCAAUUGCGCUGCGCUACGCAUUCCCGUAUCAAGUCUACUCUGCAGGAUGCGUUACAGAUUCCAGAGGACGCAGCGUUACCAUGCAAAGUAUCAGCAGCAGUUUGAAAGAAACUAUGAACCCCAAGGACAUAAUGACGGACGCGAUACACAAUUUCCAUCCGCAAUAUCAGCAGUAUACGCAGUACAGCUCCGGAGGAAGUAAAGGGCAACGAGGAAUGCGAGUUUCCAGUUACGACCCCGAUGAUCCCCAGAACAUGCCCGUCCCACCACCUCAACGACGAAACACUUCUAAUCAACGAGUUGCUACAAUUUCUCAAAAUUAUAACGAGAAAACUAUGUUGCUCAGCAGCGACGAUGAGUUUCAGUAAACUUUCAUCUUGAAGAAGGUAAGAGACUCCGAAUCGAAAAGUUUAAUGAAUUUUCUUGAGCAAAAUUUGUUCAAUUUGAGGCACUUGGGUAUCUGAUCAUUUUCAAAUUUUAGAAAUGGCAUAAACUCCUAUUAGAUGUACAGAUUCCGUGUUCCGCCUCCUAAACUUUCAGUUCUACAGAGCUAAAUGAAAAUCUCUGAAAUAUUAAGUUUUGAUACGGUAAAGUUUAUUUUUACUCCGAACUCGUAGUUUGGCUUAUGAUUAUUUUUUCAAAAUGAUAUCAGGUCCAAAAAGUCACCCUGAUAACAAGAUAAUUUCUAUUCAUAUAUCUAUAGUUAGUUAAUUUAAAGCAGAGUACUUCGUUAACGGAAAGAAAGUUACAAAUUUAACGUCAAAGUACAAUUCUUGUUCUGUCAUUCUUUUUUCUUGAUACCGGUGUUGUACGGAGGGUUAGUAACCGUAUGAUUUUUUGAACAAAUAAUUAUUCAAGACGCGGCUUCUCCGUUUUAUUGUUUCUAGUUAUUAAUAUUAAAAUAUUGAAUAAAGUUGAGUGAGGAAAAGAGAAAAAUCAGAUGAGAGAUUCAGAGAAACACGUAGAGAGUCUGAAGAUUCUGUGAAAUUUCUGAGUGAGAACAAGAAAAAGAUAAAUAUAUUUGCAACCUCUCCAAGGGGUAGGGCAUACUAUACUUGACUAUAAAUCAUAGUUCCACACAACUGAUGAAAUGAAAUAAUAUGCUAUAUUUAAGAAUAAUAAAAUAGAAAAAUAUUUAUUUUAAUAAUGCCCAUGCACUUAAAUAGAUAUUACUUGAGAUACCUAGGUUUAAAACAAUAGUAUAAAAUUUUUGCUUUCUACUAUCUCGUUAUACGGUGAAAAAUUCUGUUUUUUUCCUCAGCAUAUUCGAGCUUUAUGUGAGAAUUUUAAAUACUCCAGUUUUCGAGAGUUCAUUGCCCUGCUUUGAACAGUUGUUUCGCGCCAAAAUAUUUAAAAAUUACGUCCAUUAUUUAAAUUAAAAUAGCUAAGAUCGUUGAUACGUACCUUACGACUAAAAGUAACGAGGGUGACGCGAAGGAUUCCAAGAUGGAUAUAACUUUGGAACGAUAUUUUGACGGAUGAACAAGAGAGAAAAAAGGGACCGCGAUGUUCAUCGUUUCUCACGUGUUACCUCGGCUAUGCUACCUAUAGGUAAUGGCGUUCUUAAAUACGUAUAAACUAUGAUAAUAUUAAUCUUACCUACGAAAUGGUUACGCGAUAAAGACACACCUGGUGUAAAUAAACCGCAAAUGUAAAUUCUGCAGGCGGAGGGAAUCCUCCAACCCCGAACGCCCCAUAGUGUAGGGAUUCUCAAAAAUUAUUUCAUCGCUUUACAAUAUUUUCUUUAUCGUUCGCAAAGCUUUUCCUCUCCCGAUUCCCAAUAAUAUUUCGCACGGUAUUUUAUCUGUAACAUACGGCUAAAUCGAAUGUACAAACAAAAUGAAUCAUAUUUUUUCUCGACCCUCAAAAUCUUACGUUUACGUCCGUCGUAUCAUAUUGAAAUUAAAAGCGGUAGCUCAAAUCUUCAGAAUUCCGUUUGGUGUGCCGAAAUAUUUUGGUAUGCAUCGUGAAACGAUGUAGUUUAUAGCAAAAAAGAUAAACUGAAAACAAAGAAGCUCAAUUUAGAAGCUGUUUCAAAAUGGAGAAAUAGAGCAAUGUAA